GUGCAACGCUGUGUAUGUAUAUGUUUUUUUUUCUUGUGUGUGUAAUUGCGUGACAGCAAAAGUUCUGAGGAGAAAAAUUGGUUUUUAUUUAUAAUUGGAAAUUAGCUGCUGCAGAUAUUUAACAAAAUGGGAUCCCGUAACGAGUGUCGUAUUUAUGUUGGUAAUUUGCCACCCGAUAUUCGCACCAAGGACAUACAGGACCUGUUCCACAAGUUCGGAAAAGUCACAUUUGUCGAUCUGAAGAAUCGGCGUGGUCCGCCAUUUGCAUUUGUUGAGUUCGAAGACGCGCGCGAUGCGGAUGAUGCAGUCAAGGCACGCGAUGGCUACGACUACGAUGGUUAUCGUCUGCGCGUCGAGUUUCCACGCGGCGGUGGCCCCGGCAGCUAUCGCGGGAACAAUCGCAACGAUCGCAGCCGUGACGGAGGGGGUCGCAUGGGCGGCCGUGGACCACCAGCCAAGCGUUCACAGUACCGUGUCAUGGUCACUGGUCUGCCCGGCUCUGGGUCAUGGCAGGACUUGAAGGAUCACAUGCGGGAGGCGGGCGAUGUCUGCUUUGCAGACACCUACAAGGAUGGCUCCGGCGUCGUCGAAUUUCUGCGACACGAGGACAUGAAGUAUGCCAUUAAGAAAUUGGACGACUCGCGUUUUCGUUCCCAUGAGGGUGAGGUUGCCUACAUUCGGGUGCGCGAGGACAGCGGCGAUAAUGAGCGUAGUGGUGGCGGCGGUGGAGGCGGCGGCGGCGGCGGUGGUGGCAGUCGUGACUAUGGUCGUGAUAGAUCGCGAUCGCGUUCAUUUUCGUCGCGUCCACGUCGCAGGGGCACACCCACAUAUUCACCGGUGCGUCGUCAAUCCUAUUCCAGGUCUCGCUCACGCUCUAAUUACUAAAAAAAAAAAUCUACAAUCAUUAUCCAUUAAUCUUAAUGUUUCUUACAAGCAGGAAAAUUUAGGAAAAGCAAGUUAACUAUCAAAAAUGUCCUCAACCCCCCAAAAGACUCUGUCUUACUAUCCACAUAAUUAACUUAUAAAUCAAUACAUGCUAACUGCCUGUCAAGUGAUUAAUCAGUCGAUCGAUUAAUCAGUUAUCGAAGAAGAAGGAACUCUUCAAUCAAUACUGAUGGAAAUCCAAUCGAAAAAAAAUCAGAUCACACAAAAAUUACACUUGCUUUUCCACCAAUGCGAAAAAUUCAUGUAAAUUAUGAAAUGCAUUCAAAAAAAAAAAAACUGACAAAUUAAGCUUAACUAAUUAUGAUAAUUCAAGGAAGGUCCUUUACACUUUCCCGUGUAUUUACGAUUUGGUUGCAUUCGUAAUUUAUUGGAAUUUAUCGGUUGGAUUUUAACAAGAACAAGAGCAAAUACAACAACGUCAAUAAGAAUACCAACCCCCACAUCUAUUCAAAAUAAAUAUAUAUGUAAAUGUAAACAAAACAAAAGAAAUAUCAGAACACAAUAAUUUCUAUGGAGACAUUUAACAAAUUA